ACCAUUUGAUCGAUAUCGUCUCUCAAAUGAACAUCGAACUGGUCGUGGAACAUCUAUUUCUUUUGAUUUUGGUAAAGAUCUCUCACAUGACUUUCUUUCGUAUGCAUCAUCAAAUAACAUAUCACUGGAACAUCUUGCACUUGCUACUUAUUAUGUGCUUUUAUUCAAAUUAACGAAUGGAGAAAAAGAUUUAUGCAUUGGUAUAAAUACACAUGGUCGAUAUAAAGAUGAACUGCACUCUAUCAUUGGAAUGUUUGUGAAUGCUAUACCUUUGAGAUGUCAACUCGAUCCUCAUUUAUCAUUUCAUAGAAUCACUAAGCACGUUCAAGAUAACAUGAUAAAUUGCAUUAAGUAUUCAUAUUUUCCUCUUCAACGUAUUCUCAAUCAACAUCCAAAUAUAUCAAAUCCUGUGUUUCUUGAUACAUCAUUUGACUUUCUAUUAUCUAUGACAAAAGAUCAGGAAAAUGAAAUAAUGAUUGGUGACAGUCGAUUUUCUUUACUACCUUUUUCAAUUAAGAUUAGUGAAGAUGAAAUAAUGAGUAAAUUUGAUUUUAUUCUGAGUUUUCAACAUGAUCUGAAUCUAAAUGAGUUCUCAUGUACCAUUAAUGCUUCCGUUGAUCUAUUUAAUGCUGAAACAGUUUGUAUAAUUGCACAAAAAUUACAGACAAUGUUACAUCAACAAUUCACAUCUUUUAAUAGUCAAAUAAAUAAACCUGUUCAUGAAUUAUCAUUAACAUUAUCAAAUGAACAAUAUCUAAUGCAAUCAUUGAAUAAUACACAAACAUCAUUUUCAUCUCCUCUCACUUGUAUUCAUCAUGAGUUUGUGUAUCAAGUCAUGAAACAUCCACAAAAACUAGCUGUUGAACUAGAUGAACAAUCAUUGACAUAUUGUGAACUCUUGUAUUAUGUUCAAAUAUUAUCUUUAACUCUUCUUAAUGAAUAUCAUGUGUCUCCAGGUGAGGUUGUGUGUCAAUGUGUUGAGCGAAGUCUGUCCAUGGUGAUUGGUAUUAUGGGAAUUGAAAUGGCAGGUGGUGUAUAUUGUCCAUUGUCACCUCGGGAUCCAGAACAUCGUUUGCAUGCACUUACACAGCAAACACAAAGUCGUCUUGUUCUUGUUCAUGAUUUAACUAAGACUAAAUUCGAUGACGCUAUUAUUUCACUUGAUGUUGAUUCAAUAUUAAUUAUUAACGCUCUGAAUAGUGACAUGGAUUCUAACUGUCUUUCAAGUGCGAUAGUGAACGGUGGAAAGAUAGCCUAUAUUAUUUUCACUAGUGGUUCAUCUGGUAUUCCGAAAGCGGUUCAACUGAGACAACAGAAUUUCAUCAAUUCAAUAUUAGCUUUGGUUCAGAUUGAUACACUACACGAAAAUGACACUGUGAUUCAAAUAGCUAGCUCAACGUUUGACGCGCAUGUACAAGAAACUGUAGGAUCUCUAAUCUGUGGUGCGACAAUAGUCAUGCUACAUCCGCAAGGUGAAUCUCUGUCACCAACUUUCAUCAAAAUACUGAUGUUGUGUGUUGCCCAAUCCUGUCGAAUUUGGAAUUUUUAUGGUCCUGCGGAAGCCACACUUGGAACUUCAUGUCAUAUAAUUGAUGUGACCUCUCCCAUGCAGGAUCUUCCAAUUGGCAAACUACUACCUCGUUAUAUAUGCUUACUUCUAAACAACUUCUUGCAACCUGUUAUGAUUCAGGAAGGAGGAGAACUACUAGUGGGAGGACUAGGUGUCUUUGCUGGUUAUUUUGGUCGUAUGGACUUAACUGCAAAAGCUCUCAUUGAAAUAGAUGGCGAACCAUUUUAUCGAACAGGUGAUCUUGUUAGAAUGGAUAGCAAUGGUCUUCUACAUUAUCAAGGAAGAAAAGAUCAUCAAAUCAAACUUCAUGGACAACGAAUUGAACUUGGUGAAAUUGAACGAUGUUUACUUAAUAUUACAUCUAUAUCUGCUUGUGUUGUCAUGAAAUGGAAUGAUGAUUAUUUAGUUGCAUAUGUUCAAAGUUCUGAUGCUAAUGAACAGGAAUUGCGUGAACAUUGUCAGUCUCAUCUUCCACCACAUAUGAUACCAUCAAUAUUUAUUAUACUUGAUAAAUUACCUUUGAAUGCAAAUGGAAAAGUAGACAGAAAACAACUUCCUUCGCCCGACUUUUCGUUACCGGCUUUGUUAUCUUCCGAUAAAUCUGAUACUCCUCUUAAUCAGUUCGAAGAACAUAUACACACUAUUUGGUGUCAAGUUCUUGGUUAUAAUAUAAGUCAAAUUUCUAAAACUACUAGUUUUUUUAGUGUUGGUGGUCAUUCACUGUUAUUUAUCCAACUUUAUCAUCAUUAUCAAUCAGUAUUUAACUUUGAUACUCUUACACUAUCGAUUGCUCCAUUUCUUCAGCAACCAACUAUAUUUCAACAUUCACAAUUACUUCAAACAGUUAUAACGAAUAAUAUCAAGGCAACACAAUGGUACACGUUACAUAUAAAUGAAGGUACUGCUUCUUUUGCUCAAGAGCGUAUAUUUCUUGAUGAACAAGUUCGUUUCUCGAGUGAUACUGCUAUCUAUAAUGAAUUGGAUACUUUACAAGUUGUUCAAGGAUCAUUAUCAUUCAUUCGUUUAUCACAAGCAUUGCAAUAUGUUUUGAGUAAACAUAAAGUAUUACGUACAUCUCUCAUGUUUAACAAUGAUAGUAGCAGUUUGAAGCAAUGCAUCACACAUAUACAUAAAACAUUCACAAUAACUAUGAAUCAAACAUUCAAAAAUGAAAACGAACUUCGAGACAUUAUUUAUCAAACGACUAUUAAUCCUCAUCUUUUCGAUUUAUCAACUGGUCGUGUUUUUCAUGCUGAAAUUCUAA